AUGGCUUCAACGGCAUCAUCACCAUCGAACGCGAAUGAUAAAACAAUGGUACCGUCAUUAUCGAAUGCAAACUCUUCAGCGGAAGUUCAUUUAUCAUCGAUGGGUUUCAGUAUGAUGAAGAUCAAAGAAAAACAACUAAAAGAUAUGGAAAUUCAAGAGAAAAAGAAAAAUCUAUCUAGUAAUCAAGAUUUUGAAAUUAUUAAUGAUAUUAUAUAUAAAUUAGUUCCACGUGGGAAAAGAAAAAUUAAACUUACAUGGGUUCCAAAAACAAUGAUAAAUCAAGUGCUUUUUCUUCAUCACGAGCAUCAUACAGCAGCACAUAUGGGAAUUAAUAAAACAACAACAAAAUUAGUCAACAAGUAUUAUUGGCCGAACAUGUAUAAAACAAUAAUCAAUUAUAUUAAGUCUUGUACCAGAUGUUCAAAAUAUAAUUAUAGAAGAGCCAAAUUACCUGGGAAAAUGAAUAUUAUUCCUACACCAAAUGAAGUGAUGGGUCUGGUUGGAAUGGAUUACUGGAGUCCCAUGGAGAAAUCCACAACAAAUGGGAACAAAUAUGUCAUUACCAUGACCGAUUAUCUUUCAAAAUUGGUGUUCGCGAAAGCAGUCAGGACUAAUUCAGCACAAGAAGCAGCAGAAUUUUUCUUAGAUGUAUGUUAUCAUUACGAAGCACCAACAAAAUUAGUGACAGAUCAAGGACCUCACUUUAUUGCAGAAUUAGCCAGAAUAAUAAUCUAUUCAUGUAAUAUAACACACAUCCUUGCGACACCAUAUCAUCCAAUGUCGAAUGCUCAAACAGAAAGAUUUAACGCAACGUUUGCUCCAGCAUUAUCGAAAUUAAUGAAUGAACAAAAACAAGACUGGGACGAAUUACUACAACCAGUUAUUUAUGUGUAUAACACCAGUCAACAUGGUCCAACAAAAUUUAGUCCAUUUCAGAUUAUGUUUGGUAGAGAAAACUUACUACUUAUGGAUCCGAAACAAAUGAAAGUAUCUCUUUCAAAGCCAAAUCAAUAUUAUGAAAAAGCAAAACGAGUUAGGAAAAUUCUUAUCGAUCAUGCAAAAUUGAAUAUUCGACAUCAAAGUGAAUUAGCGAAAAUUAGAUAUGAUCGAAACAGGCCAGAUCCAAUAUAUCAUAUCAACGAUUUAGUUCUGAUACGAGUAAUUAAUAAAGUAUCAAAAUUACAAGAAAAAUACGAAGGUCCUUAUCGAAUCAUUGAUCAAAAGGACCCUCAACGUUGA